AUGGCCCUGCCCAGCGUGUCCUGGGUGCUGCUCUCCUGCCUGCUGCUCCUGUCUCAGGCACAAGGUGAAGAGUCCAAGAAGGAGCUUCACUCUCCACGGGGCUCCUGUCCUGAAGGCUCCUAUUCCUAUCGCUUCAACUGCUAUGCUUUGUUCAUGACACCAAAAUCCUGGGCCGAUGCAGAUAUUGCCUGCCAGAAGCGACCCUCGGGGUUCCUUGCCUCUGUGCUCAGUCCCUCUGAGGCAUCCUUCCUGGCUUCUGUGGUCAAGAGCAAUGCAAACAGUUGCCCAGACGUCUGGAUUGGUCUUCAUGAUCCCACACAGGGCUAUGAGCCCAAUGCAGGUGGAUGGGAGUGGAGCAAUAAUGAUGUGAUUAAUUACGUUGCCUGGGAGAGAAAUCCUGCCGCCAAUUCUGGCUACUGCGGGAGCCUGUCACGAAGCGCAGGAUAUCUGAAAUGGAAAAACAAUAACUGUGUUCAGAAGUUACCCUAUAUCUGCAAGUUCAAGAAUUAG